GGGAGAGGCAACAUUCCGCAUGGGUAAUAUUUUGCUUUUCAUCAGCUGGUUUCUCUCAGGCGGGUAGAGGCUCAUCUACCUCCGCGUCGCGCUCUUGCAUUCUCCUGGGGUUUUAUUCAUAGGUUCUUUGGGGUUGCCAAAUAUGGCUGCAGUUGUUACCAGACACAAGCAUUUCGCUCAGGAAUACCUCAGUACAGAGUCUAAAUAUGUUGUGCGGGAAUACUCCAGCUCUGCAGCUGAAGAAGUGAAAUAUCAAUACCAAACACAGAAGAGAAUCCAGGGAGUGGUGGAGAAGAAGAUGCCUGAGAAAUACAUCCGUGAGGAGUCCAUGAUCAGGGGCCCCAAAUUUGUGGUUAGACUGAGGUCCCACACGGUGUAUGAAAACAGUGCCAUUAAACUUUUUUGCACUGUGGAAGGAUAUCCCACCCCACAUGUCAAAUGGUUCAAGGAUGAUGUCAUUUUGGACGUUUCCUCUGGAAAGUACUUUGUGGAGAGCAAUGCAGGAUUCCAUGCCCUUACCAUCCUCAAGUGUGCAACUGAUGACACUGCAAUGUACACGGCUGUAGCCUCAAACACGCAUGGACAGGCUUCCUCCCAGGCCUCCAUCAUUGUGAAAAGGUGCAAAGAGGAAGAGAAGUCCUCUCCUUAUUCCUGGUUGCCUUACCAGUAUGCCAUUUUACCUGAAAUCAAGUAUACAAAGAUUAACAUCACCUUCACUGAGACGUUUGACGUGACUUUUGGAAAAGAAGGCGAUAAGGCCGUUUUGACCUGCAAGAUGAUCAUUAACCCCAACCUGGCUAACCUGCAGCCUGAGGCGCUGUGGUACAGAGAUGAGCACCUCCUGAAAGAGUCGAGGUGGGUGAAAAUGGAGUCUGGCGGAGGUGUUGCCAAGCUCUCGCUUACUCAACUCGCUAAGGAUGAUGAGGGUCUUUACACCCUCCGCAUGGUGACCAAGGGAGGCGAUGCGGUCCACAGGGCUUACGUUUUCGUUGAUGAUGGUCCACCUCCAGUUCCUCAAGCUCCCGGAGCCCCAAUGGACAUUAAGAUCCAUGAUGCAAAUAGAGAUUAUGUCAUUGUGUCUUGGAAACCUCCUAACACCACCACUGAAGGCCCCAUCAUUGGAUACUUUGUUGACAGAUGUGAAGUUGGAACAGAGAACUGGGUGCAGUGUAACGACUCCCCUGUAAAGAUCUGCAAGUAUCCUGUGCAGGGCCUGUUUGAGGGACACUCGUAUUACUUUCGCGUGCGUGCCGUCAACUCUCGUGGCAUCGGCAAACCCUCCAGAAUGUCUGAGCCCAUUGCCGCUUUGGACCCUACAGAGUUUGAGAGACUUCAUGCCACAAAACUUGGUGGAAGACUUGAUGUUGUGACUUACUAUGAUGACCUUGAAGCCGAGGGAAAAGCUCCGGGACCUCCCUCUAAAGUCUGCGCUUCAGAGACGGACCGAACAUAUGUUGUGCUCAGUUGGGUCCCUCCAGUCUACCGUAGCAAAGCCCCCAUGUGGUAUUACAUUGAGAAGCUUCAAGUUGGAGCUGGAUCAUGGCAGAGAGUGAACACUAAAGUACCCAUCAGAUCUCCUCGCUAUGCCGUCUUUGACCUGCUAGAGGGAAAGGACUACCAGUUCCGCGUGCUAUCCGCUAAUAUGUACGGCAUCAGCGAGCCUUCCGAGCCCACCAAUACUGUAACAACCCUGCAAUUGAAGGGUGUGCCCUCAGCUCCUGGACAAGUCGUUGCAACCAGAGAGACAGACACUUCUGUUCUAAUCCAGUGGGCGCCUCCAAAGGAUCCCAAUAACCUGAUUGGAUAUUACAUUGAUUCUUGUGUGAAAGGAUCUAAGGACUGGACCUCUGCCAAUCACAAGCCCCAUAAGAAGACCAGGUUCGUUGUGCAUGGACUGACCACCGGUGAGACAUAUGUCUUCCGUGUUCAAGCCAUCAAUGAGCUGGGCCUCAGCGAUGAAUCCCAGGAAUCGGCACCUCUUACUGUGAGAGCUGCUCUUAAACUGCCCUCUUCCCCUUAUGACGUCUCUCUUCUCUACUGUGAUGGGGAAUCCAUGGUGCUUAGCUGGAAGCAGCCCCUCCAUUUUGGAGGAGCAGAGGUCACUGAUUAUUACAUUGACAAAUAUAAUGUGGCCAAGAAGGCAUGGCAUGAGGUCAACAUCCCACCCAUUAAGGAAAGGCUGCACAAGGCUAGAGGUCUGACUGCUGGGUCAGUGUAUCAGUUUAGGGUCUAUGGAGCUAAUAUCAUUGGAUUGGGUAGUGCCUCGACCCCUAGCGCUCCCUUCAAAUGUGAGGCUUGGACCAUGCCUGAACCAGGUCCAGCCUAUGACGUGACCUGUACUGAAGUAAGGGAUGAUUCGGUGGUGGUUGAGUGGAAGGCUCCUGUCUACAAUGGCACCAGUGCCGUCACUGGAUACUUUGUUGAGAAAUGCAAGAAAGGCUCUGAUACCUGGAGCAAAGUCAACGAAAGUUCAGUCAACCACUGCUAUCUUAAGGUCAAGGGUCUAGAGACAGGCGCGUCUUAUGUGUUCCGUGUGCGGGCGGAGAAUGCCAACGGGAUUGGUGUGGCUUCAACCUCCUCUGAUCUUGUGUGCAUCAAGGCACUGCCAGGCACCCAGGAAAUCAAGUGUGGCGUCGAUGAGGAAUCAGGUGACAUUUAUCUCUCUUUUGAGAGCUGCCAAAUGAAGGAGAAAUCAAAAUUUGCGUGGAAGAAGUCCUACCAAGAAAUUACUGACUUCUCUAAGGGAAUCGUCGUCAAGACAUCAGGCAGCCACUCAACUUUGCUUUUUAAGAAUCCAGACAAAGAGGAUUUGGGCACAUACUCUGUGUCUGUUACACAUACUGAUGGUGUCUCUGCCAGCUACAAAAUCUCAACAGAAGAGCUGGAAAAGAUGUUGGCCCUCAGCUAUGACAUACGCAACCCAAUUAUUCCUCUGAAGACUGAACUGGCCUAUAAGAUUCUAGAGAGAGGCCGUAUGCGCUUUUGGCUGCAAGCUGAAGGCAUCUCCUCUGCUGUGACCUACAAAUUCUUUGCCAAUAACAAGGAGCUUGUCAACUGUGAGCAAACUAAAAUGAGUCAUGACGCAGCUACGGGCAUUAUUGAGAUGGUGAUGGAUCAUUUCACUGUAGACAGCGAGGGCACUUUCACCGUGCAGAUCCAAGAUGGCAGAGCCAAGGCCCAGUCCUCUCUGGUGCUGAUCGGAGAUGCCUUCAAGGCAGCGCUGGCUGAGGCGGAAUACCAAAGGAGGGAGUACAUUCGUGUGAAAGAGGGCCCUCACUUUAUGGAGUUCCUCUCCAUUCAAAUUGGGGAUAAUGCCUCUGUCACUCUUCUUUGCAAGGUGGCUAAUUUGAAGAAGGACUCUGUGUUCCAUUGGUAUAAGGACGAUGUAGAGGUGAUUCCUGAGGUGCCCGCUGACUUGAACUCAGGAGUCUGCAAGUUCCCCCUAACUAAUUUCUCCAAGAAGGAUGUGGGACUAUAUAAAGCAACCAUCACCGAUGACAGAGGCCAAGAUGUGUCACAGAUUGAUGUUUCUGGCAAAGCUUUUGAUGACGUCAUUAACGAGCUCAGUCGUAUCGCUGGAUCCAGCGCCUCUGAGUUGUCGAUUCAGUGCACUGCGGAGGGCAUUAUGCUUCAGUGCCAUAUGAAAUAUUACACCGAGGAGAUGAAGAUCCAUUGGAAACAAAAGGAUUCUAAAAUUGCUGCAUCAGAAAGGAUGAGAAUUGGUGGCAACCCAGCAAUGGCAACUUUGGAGAUAGUCGAACCUACUGAUAAGGAUAAAGGGACGUACACUAUUGAGAUUGUGGAUCCGGAGAAGAUGCAUUCUCGUACCCUGGACCUCUCCGGACAACUCUAUGAGAACGCCUAUGCAGAAUUCCAGAGACUCAAAGCGGAAGCAUAUGCUGAAAAGAAUCGUGGCAAAGUGGUUGGUGGUCUUCCUGAUGUUGUGACUAUCAUGGAAAAGAAGACUCUGAGUCUGACCUGCACAGUCUGCGGUGACCCCAAACCUCUGGUCAGCUGGUCUAAGAAUGAUCAAGAAGUAGAACCUAGCGAUCAGUACGUCGUUGCUAUAGACUCGGGCAAGUUCGCCAGCCUCACCAUCAAAGGCGUGUCCCUGGAGGAUUCCGGCAAGUACACCAUGACGGUCCAAAAUAAGUUCGGCGGUGAGUCGGUGGACAUCGUCGUCAGCGUGUACAAACAUGGCGACAGGAUUCCAGAAAUCAAACCCACACCAACACCCAAGAGGAUCAUGCCUCCCACGGUUCCCAUUGUAAUUCCCACUGCCAAGUCUGCCACCCCUGCCCCCGCUGUGGCCAAGUCUCCGGCUCCUCCACAAAAUGCCAAAACCGCUGCACCACCCCGUGGCAUGAAGUCCCCCGCUCCCACCAGGAAGAAGUAACAGCACAUCUCUUGCCUCUCGUUCACCCCACCAGCACCAAAACAACUAGAUUUACAUUUCCUGUAGGAAAUAUCAGUGUUUGCAAGGCAGCAAAGGAGGUUUGGUCUAGGUUUUGACUUGGUGUAAACAUUAUGCCAUUUUCCCGCCAUCAUGACAUCUUGUUUUCCUCCAGCUGGAUACAAGAAUCAAAAAAUGUAAAAUUCUUUCUGACAUUAGCUGCAUCCAAAAUCACAUACUGCCAGUGCAUACUACAUUUGUUUGAAAUUUACUUCACAGCAGUGAAGUAAAUUUAAAAAAGUAUUUAAAAAAGCAUUUAAAAAAGUAUGUUCUAUAAGUAUGAAUAUAGUAGUAUGCAUCAAAUUCGCACUUGUCGUUUCAUUGCUUCAUUGUUUUAUUGCCUCACUGCCAUUCUUGACCUUGGCCUCAUGGGAUAUCAAAUGUGUUCAUCAAAAGUGAACUCUAGAUUCUCGGUGGAUAAAGUAGGUAAUCUGACUACUUCUUUGCUUGCUGUUUUUCCAAAUACUAUGAAUUUGGGCAUACUACUCUUUUGGUGUAUUAUUUUUCACAUACUAUAGAGUAUUAGUGUUCCGCUAGUAUAAAAAAAAAAAAAAAAAUAGGCAUAUUCAGAUGCAGUGUUUCUGUGACUCAACUUUUGCACAACUCAUUUUGUGAGGUUAGGGAGGGGCUAUUUAUCUGACCAAUAGAAAAUGGAAGGAGUGUUCAGGAAACCUGUUUGAAAACUAUUUCAUUUGUUGACGCUAAUGAUGUAGCAUUUACACACUUUAACUUUAAACAGCAAGAAAGACAAGACCAGUUGCAAUUUAGUAUGCAAAUAAGAAUCUGCAAGUAAGUCAGAAAAUAAUCUACAAAACGUCUGUAUGAACAAAUUGCAGAAAUGCUUAGGUUUAAGAACAAAGCCUUAGGGAUUCACCAGUGUUAAAUUUCUGCCUGAUACGAAUGCUAUCUGAUACCAAGCUGAAAAUGUUGAUGUUACGGCUAAUAACCAAUAAAUAAUUGAUAGUAAAAUUGUAUUUUGUGCAAUAAAUAACUAAACACACUGAAAUCAACAGUUUAACAAGUGAAUUUAGGCAUCAUCAUAAUAAGACUAAAUUAUUAGUGUGCAAUUAGUUAAUUAGGUGAGCAUUAGAAGAUGGCAAAGGUAAUCUAAACGUAAAAAUUAGUCAGAAAAAAGUGAAUAUGCACAAAUAAUGCCCAAUACUGAUCAAGACCAAUAGAUAUAUUGUGCAUCGCUUAAAUCCUAACCAGAAUAUUUGAGGAAUAUCAUAAUAUAUUAUGCUGCCUUGCAAACACUGUAACUGAACUAUAGUGCAUAAAUCAGUGAAUAAAGAAAGUAGAAUUGAAAAGUAGGUAGUAUUUUUCACCCAAAAUGCAUCAAAUGAGCAAGCAUCUAGUGUGAAAAGAAAGAGAGUAGGAAGUAUGUGUGAGGGAGGGUGGGGCAAGUUAUAUUUAGUGCCACGAGAAAAUGUGUGAAACAGUUUGUCAUCUGGGUUGCCUAAGCUGAGUGGGCCUCUAAUGAAUUUGGCUCCCUCUCCCCUGAGGUGCUUAGGGGAAAAGCUUUGAUGUUAGUUUAUUAAAUCUCUGUUUAAAAGCUGCUCUUUCAGUUAGCCACUGGAAUCCAGAGGCUUUUUUUGCUUUUUUCGGUGGAUGGAUGGCCUGAGAGUGCAGGACCUCCACUUAGCCCCCAGCAGCAACCACGAGACCAUCAGCGCUCCUCUCAACCUCGUCUCACGUCCUCGCCUUUUUCUCCUGGUUUUGUGUUAAUAAAAGAGUUGGAAAUCA